CCGGAAGUGUUGCUAUGUAGGCAAUUUUGCCUAUCUUUAGCAUUAUUCCGGAAACGGAGGAAAAUAAUAGCUACUGUGGCUAGCCAGCUAAUCGCAGUUUCCCCACAAAAAUAUCCAGGGUUCGAGGAGACAUGGGGGGAGCACAGAGCAUCGAAAUACCUGGAGGAGGAUCCGAAGGUUAUCACGUCCUCAGAGUAUGGAUCUUUGUUAGCACAUGGGGUCAUGCUAAACCACGAGCUGUAACUGGGAUAUCUGAUAAUGUGAACAACAGAGAAAUGCUUGUCAACAGACUGAAUGAUGUUGCGGCCUUCAGGUUGCUGUAGCCUGUCAGUGUGUAGUUUAGGGGCUUCCUAUGAGUAAUUCACCACAUGUUUGCCGUUCAGAAAACAAACAGUGUGUAGUGUAACCAAUUAAACAGAGCAAUGUCUGACAACGAGUGACAACCUGCUAGCUGAUUUGGCUAGCUAGCUUGCCAGCCAGCCAUGAAGCUAGGCCAUCACUUGACUUGAGGAACCGGUCUGUCAAUGUGCAGUGACGGGGUGUGAUGUCCUUUCAAUCCAGAACACAUUUGCAAAGGGCGCUCUAAAAGUGUAAUAUAAUAUGAAUAUGCCAUGUGCAAACCUCCUGUCUCAAUUUGCAGGUGCAAGAGAAUUCCCCUGGUCAUCGUGCAGGAUUGGAACCAUUCUUUGACUUUAUUAUUUCCAUCAGUGACACAAGAUUGGUAAGCUGUCAUUUCUCGAAUUAUCUACCUCCUGUAUCUGUCAGAUCCCUUGCAGCUCAAAUAUUUUCAAAGCCAGGGAUACAAGACAACCAAUAGGUGGACUAACUUUGUUUACAGGUGAUGCACUUUAACAUGGUUGUGACUAGGUAGUUACAACCAGAAGUUACUUUUUGUAGCAGGUUAGGAGAGCAUUUUACCUAACCCUAGCCCUUUUCCUAACCCUAACCUAAUUAUCCUGAUCCUGCUACAUUCAUUCUCUAAACCUGCUGUAUAAGUUAUCCUAACCUGCUGUGUAAGUUCUCCUAACCUGCUGUGUAAGUUCUCCUAACCUGCUACGAAAAAGUCACAUCGUAGCUGUAUACCACCUAGUCAAAACCCUUUAACAUCUGCUAACGUCUUCAUUUUUGUCAGAACAAAGAUAAUGACACGUUAAAAGACAUGCUGAAGGUGAAUGUGGAGAAACCCAUCAAGAUGCUGGUAUACAGCAGCAAGACACUUGAGCUGAGGGAGACAACAGUCACACCCAGCAACAUGUGGGGAGGCCAGGGGCUGCUGGGUGUCAGCAUCCGAUUCUGCAGCUUCGAAGGAGCCAAUGAGAAUGUCUGGCAUGUUUUGGUGAGUGAAUCGCCUUGAAGUUUAGAGCUGUGGACAUUAAUGAAUGUAAAACUGGAAAUGCCAUGAUGUGUAGCCUAAUCAUGAUGUGAAGACUUUCAGUAACCAGAGUGCAUUUAUUUACAAUAUCGGUCUGUAUUCUAUUUCUUGUCCUCAGGAAGUGGAGCCAAAUUCUCCUGCAGCCCUGGCUGGUUUGAGACCACACACUGACUACAUCAUAGGUGCAGACACUGUCAUGAACGAGGUAUGUGGAAUGCCUUUCUUUAGUGACAAUUCAAUUAUGUUCUCCCUACACUAAGCUGUUGAUGAUGAUGAUUGUUAUAGUGUUUGACUUUGGUUUCCCCGCAGUCUGAAGAUCUCUUCUCCCUCAUUGAAACGCAUGAAGGGAAAGGGCUUAAGUUGUAUGUGUAUAACACUGACACGGACAACUGUCGGGAGGUGGUCAUCACUCCAAACUCUGAGUGGGGGGGAGAGGGCAGGUAUGGCAUUGACAUUUGUUGUUAAUUCAUUUAGCUGACAUGCCGAUAGGCUGCCUCGUAGCACACUAACUCUCUGCCCUUAUUCAGCCUAGGCUGUGGGAUUGGCUAUGGCUACCUACACAGGAUACCCACACAGCCAUUUGAAGAGGGUAAGAAGAUCAGUUUCCCUGGACAGAUUCCAAGUGAACCGGUUUCCUCACUCAAAGAUGGCUUCACAGAGGUAAAACAUUUUUGUAAAUUACCGACUUCUUUUCACUCCCAAUACCUGCCAGUCACAUGAGGGAAUUUGUAUACAAUGAGAAUAUUCUACAGCUCCAGGUGUUGAUCCCAGUUUUAAUUUGUCCCUCAGGUUCAGCUCUCUGCUGUCAGUCCUCAACCUGCAGUGCCUUCUGCUCCUACUGGGUUGGAACAACAUCUCUCUGACCUGUCAAUCAGCUCAGCUCCUCCCACUGUCCCAAACGCUCUACAAACAGGUGUGCUAGGUAUCACUACUCUUCAUUUAGAUGCAUAUUGCUUACUGACUUGAUAUCACCACGUAAAAGAUUAGUAUACUAGGUGAUGACAGAGGAAGGCCCAAAAAAUUGUCAAAGACUCCAGUCACCCAAGUCGUAGACUGUUCUCUCUGCUACCGCACGGCAAGCGGUACCGGAGUGCCAAGUCUAGGUCCAAAAGGCUCCUUAACAGCUUCUACCCCCAAUCCAUAAGACUGCUAAACAAUUAAUCAAAAGGCCACCCAGACUAUUUACAUUGACACCCCCCUCCUUUGUUUUUACACUGCUGCUACUUGCUGUUUAUUAUCUAUGCAUAGUCACUUUACCCCUACCUACAUAUACAAAUUACCUUGACUCGGUACUGGUACCCCCUGUAUAUAGCCUCGUUAUUUUAUUGUGUUACUUUUUAUUUUAUUUUUUACUUUAGUUUAUUUAGUAAAUAUUUUCUUAACUAUUUCUUGAACUGCAUUGUUGGUUAAGGGCUUGUAAGUAAGCAUUUCACGGUAAGGUCUACACCUGUUGUAUUCGGCGCAUGUGACAAAUAAAAAUGGAUUUGAUUUGAUUACGAUGGUUUGUGUUUGUCCAAGGAGUACCUACUGUACCACUGUUGCCUAGCCAAGUCGGCCCCCUGCUAAGCACUGUACCUCCAAUCCUCCCUGCUACCACGUUACCAGGUAUGUGUUAGACACGGUUCUAGUUUGGUAACAAUAUUAUCCUGCAUGUAUAAUUUGCAUGUGGCUUUGUGUAUUUAAUUAUAUUCAUAUUUCCUGUACAGGUCUAAUGUCGUUACCCGGAGGCCUACCUCCCCUUCCCAACCUGCCCAAUUUGAAUUUCACUUUGCCAGACUUCGGCACUGUAUCGUUACCAGGUAUUGGAGGGAUGCCACCAGCAGGUACUGUCAAUGUUUUCAAGAUUCUUUGAUGGUUUUUAAGAUGUACAGUACCAGUCAAAAGUUUGGACACACCCACUCAUUCAAGAUUUUUUUUCUUCUACAUUGUAGAAUAAUAAUAGUGAAGACAUCAAAACUAUGAAAUAACACAUAUGGAAUCAUGUAGUAACCAAAAAAGUGUUAAACAAUUCAAAAUAUAUUUUCUAUUUUAGAUUCUUCAAAGUAGCCACCCUUUGCCUUGAUGACAGCUUUGCACACUCUUGGCAUUCUCUCAACCAGCUUCAUGCGGAAUGCUUUUCCAACAGUCUUGAAGGAGUUCCCACAUGUGCUGAGCACUUGUUGGCUGCUUUUCCUUCACUCUGCGGUCCAACUCAUCCCAAGCCAUCUCAAUUUGGUUGAGGUCGGGGGAUUGUGGAGGCCAGGUCAUCUGAUGCAGCACUCCAUCACUCUCCUUGGUCAAAUAGCCCUUACACAGCCUGGAGGUGUGUUUUGGGUCAUUGUCCUGUUGAAAAACAAAUGAUAGUCCCACUGAGCACAAACCAGAUGGGAUGGCGUAUCGCUGCAGAAUGCUGUGUUAGCCAUGCUGGUUAAGUGUGCCUUGAAUUCUAAAUAAAUCACAGACCGUGUCACCAGCAAAGCCCCCCCACACCACCUCCUCCAUGCUUCACAGUGGGAACCACACAUGCGGAGAUAAUCCGUUCACCUACUCUGCGUCUCACAAAGACACAGCGGUUGGAACUAAAAAUCUCAAAUUUAGACUCAUCAGACCAAAGGACAGAUUUCCACCGGUCUAAUGUCCAUUGCUCGUGUUUCUUGGCCCAAGCAAGUAUUUUCUUCUUAUUGGUGUCCUUUAGUAGUGGUUUCUUUGCAGCAAUUCGACCAUGAAGGCCUGAUUCACACAGUCCCCUCUGAACAGUUGAUGUUGAUGUGUCUGUUACUUGAACUCUGAAGCAUUUAUUUGGGCUGCAAUUUCUGAGGCUGGUAACUCUAAUGAACUUAUCCUCUGUAGCAGAGGUAACUCUGGGUCUUCCUUUCCUGUGGCAGUCCUCAUGAGAGCCAGUUUCAUCAUAGCGCUUGAUGGUUUUUGCGACUGCACUUGAAGAAACGUUCAAAGUUCUUGACAUGUUCUGCAUUGACUGACCUUCAUGUCUUAAAGUAAUGAUGUACUGUCGUUUCUCUUUGCUUAUUUGCCACUGCUAAAUGACUAAAAUGUAAAUUUGAGCUGUUCUUGCCAUAAUAUGAACUUGGUCUUUUACCAAAUAGGGCUAUCUUCUGUAUACCACCGCUACCUUGUCACAACACAGCUGGUUGGCUCAAAUGCAUUAAGAAGGAAAUAAAUUCCACAAAUUAACUUUUAACAAGGCACACCUGUUAAUUGAAAUGCAUUCCAGGUGACUACCUCAUGAAGCUGGUUGAGAGAAUGCCAAGAGUGUGCAAAGCUGUCAUCAAGGCAAAGGGUGGCUACUUUGAAGAAUAUAAAAUAUAUUUUGAUUUAACACUUUUUUUGGUUACUACAUGAUUCCAUAUGUGUUAUUUCAUAGUUUUGAUGUCUUCACUAUUAUUCUACAAUGUAGAAAGUAGUACAAAUAAAGAAAAACCCUUGAAUGAGUAGGUGUGUCCAAACUUUUGACUGGUACUGUAUGUUUAUUUGAAUACUACUUUCAGUAAUAUUGCUAAAAUGUUCCACCUAUGUUCCUCAGGUUUCCCUCCAUUGGCCCCUCUUCCUCCCCUAAAUCUAUCCAUGCUCAACUCCCAGCUGCCCCUGGUCCCAGGGGUAACUCUGCCUCCAUCUGAGUUCACUCUUCCACCUGUCUCCGCAAGCAUCAAAGUCUCCUAUGAGCAGAGACCUGCCCUCAUGCUGAAUGCAAAAUCCUCCAGUGCCCCAGUGGUCAUUGACACAUUGACAGAAACACUCCUCCCUACACCAGUGGCCUCCUUUGAACCAACAGAAGCAGCAGUGACCUCUGAGUCCUCCUAACAGAGAACCAUCUACCAACAAGCUCUAUUGUAUUUAAAACUCAACAAUAAAUAAUCUGGAAACACUUCUAGUUGUACUACUGAAACUAUGGUUGCACCCCUAAUUCUCCACUAUUUUCUAAAAGUGUGUAUACUUGCACACUUCCUGUCAUGGAUUUACAUGCUCUGGAUUGGUGUAAUCAUUGGCGAGUGUGUUUUUUCCCCCCACUGUUAAAUUCAUGAUGGGAAGUGUGCAGCCAAGUGCACACUGGAAAAAGGGUGUAGAAUCAUGAUGUAGCCAUGGUUGUUGAAACAACAGCAAGAGUCCUCAGAAGGAUGGGAGAAUUGUGUGAGAGACCCACUUUAGUAAAUUGAUACUGCAUUACAACAAGCUACGGUCUCUAUUCAAUCUGUGUU